GCAAAUUGCAGAAGCUCAAGAUUACUGUUAUCAUGAUAUUAAAAGGAUUCCUUUUUGCUCUCAUCCUAAGCUCUGCUACUUCUCAACAAGAGUAUCUUGUGUCUCCUAACUGCUCUAUACCUUCAUCUUUAGAGUGCCACAAUCUUUCCUUUUAUACACAAGAUAGCACCAGUUUCUUUACCAAUGGAACUACAUUCUUCUUCUCCAGUGGAGUCCAUACUCUACACCAGUCACUUGUAAUCAGUGGAGUCAGUGGUCUUAGCCUAAUAGGAGAAGGAGAGACAGUGAAUGAUGUAGGGACUGCUGCUGUAAGGAUAACGUGCAGUAAACUAAAUGUCUCAUUGUUCAUAUAUGAUUCCACUAACAUUAGCAUACAUGGUAUCGCUAUUACAGACUGCGGUAGCAACGAGUACAUUAAUAUUCUUGGCUUUGGUGGGCAGGAAUUAAAACCUGCAGCCUUGAUAAUAAUUGAAACAUACGUCAUCUCAAUAAGAGACUGCUCCAUCCAAAACAACACUGGUCUUGGCCUGCUACUACUUAAUGGGUUUAAUGCAUCAAUACAGGACUCUUCUAUUACUAACAAUAAAGUCAAUGGGAAUGCUUUUAUAUAUUACACUAAUCCAAGGAAGUGCUUGACUACAAGUGAAUCUCAAAUCUAUCAGCUCAUUGUAUCAGACUCCAACUUUAGCUUUGGAGUAGGAGCUGAUUUUGGCUCAGGACUAACAAUCCUCAUCGAUCAUGACUGUACUUACAGGGUCGACGUGGAGCUCAUUAGAGUGAAGUCGUACAAUAACAAUGGGCAAAUUGGAGGAAACAUUUUGAUACAUACUUCAAAUAUAGAGUAUUAUUCAAUCCUGGUUGAUUCUGUGGAGUCCUAUGGAGGAAUAGGAGGUGGAAUGGCAAUAUCAAUCUCGUAUGAUUCAGUACUAAGAGGAACAUGUCCUUGUGAUUAUCCACCGCCCACGCAAGUAACGAGACCAUUAGAGAUACGAAAUAGUGUUUUUUAUAAAAACGUUGCAGUAUUUGGUGCUGGACUAAUUGUACAGACACAGCCAAGUGACUUUGUUGUGGUGGCUCAAGAAAUAUACAUUCACUCUUGUCAUUUUUAUGAUAACAUUGGUUAUGCUGGGAGCGGCUUGUACAUUACACAAGUGGAGCUAUCAUCUUCUAAUAAUCCGCUCUCUUUCUCUCUCGUUAACUUAAAUAUCAGCAGGAAUAUAUUAGUUAAUUCUGGACCAUCUUGUGCAAUGUUUCUGUACGGCAUAAGAAUAGCUAAUGUAAGGGAUUUGGUAGUAUUUGGUAAUAAUGACACUGGUCUUCUGCUGUACAAUUCACUGGUGAUGUUUGAUGGAUCAAUACUCAUCCACAGUAACACUGCAAAUGAAGGAGCUGGGAUGGCCUUAUAUGGUAACUCUAUUAUGGUCAUUAAUAAUGGGACGUACAUGAGUUUUUAUAAUAAUCGAGCCAGAGAAAUUGGAGGCGGUAUUUAUAUAAAGUCAAGGUCACCAUUUCUUGAAGUUUGUCGGAUACAAAUAGCAUAUUUGACUUCUAUGACACUCCCUGCUUCACAAAUAUCAUUCGUUAACAAUACAGCUGGUAUUGCAGGGUCUGCUAUAUAUGGUGGGAUACUAGAAGAAUGUCAGAACCUUCUCUCGACCUCCGUACCUAACAUACCAUCAUCUCAGUUAUAUGAGGUUAUCAACAUAAAUGAACAAGACGGAUUAUCUGUGAUAUCUUCUGAUGCCGUUUCUCUUUGUUUCUGCGACAAUGGUUUGCCUAACUGCACAAAUCAAGUUAAGUAUAAAUCCUUUGAAGCUUAUCCCGGAGAUGACAUUAACGUAGCACUAGUUGCAGUUGGACAAACACAAGGACUAACUCAGGGUCUAAUAUCAAUAUCUUCAUCCGUCGAUACACAAAGAUAUGUCAUUGAGACACCAUCAAACUGCUCCAAUAUAAACCACACUGUGUUACUCUUCAAUGAUACUAAUGAUCCCACUAAUGUUACUGUAUCUGUUGGUAUCAUUGAUACACAGCAGCCUCUAGUGCCUCCUUUACAAAUAUUAGCUGUCGUCAUUACAGUACUUCCAUGUCCUCCUGGCUUCUCUCUCUCACUAGACACAGGAGUGUGUAUCUGUUCAACAGAAUUAGAGCAAGACUCAGUUACAUGCAAUAUAUCGACUAACACUCUGGAGCGAACUGGCAAUCAAUGGAUUGGAUAUCAAGAGAGUGAGGAGUGUAUUAUAAUAUACAACGAUUGUCCCUUUAAUUAUUGCAACAACUCAAGAAUUGCUUUUAACAUAAGCUCACCAAAUGCCCAGUGUGUUAAUAAUAGAUCGGGUCUGCUGUGUGGAGGAUGUGACAAAGGCCUUAGUCUCAUGCUAGGCUACAGCCAAUGUGGAAAAUGUACUAAUGAUUAUCUGUCUCUUAUUAUUCCUUUUGCAGCUGCUGGUAUUGCUCUUGUUAUCCUACUCUUAGCUUUAAACCUCACAGUAUCUGUAGGUACUAUCAAUGGGCUCGUGUUUUAUGCUAAUAUUAUUAAAAUAAACGAGACCUAUCUCUUCCCUGAUGGCCCCAUUCCGAUUCUCAGCCAAUUUAUUUCAUGGCUCAAUCUUGAUUUGGGCAUAAGUGCCUGUUUUUUUGAUGGAAUGGACACAUAUUCAAACAUGUGGCUGCAGUUUGCCUUUCCUUUCUACAUAUGGACAAUCAUUGGUGCCAUCAUCUGUGCUUGCCACUUCUCAAAUAGACUCUCAAAGCUCAUAGGCUCCAAUGUAGUCCCAGUACUAGCUACACUUUUACUUCUCUCUUACACUAAACUCAUCAGUACCAUACUGCUAAUACUGGACCUGGUCGUCAUCAAAUGUGGUCUUAACAUCAGCUAUCACUGGAGUCUUGAUCCUAACUUGGCUUAUUUCUCAAAACUUCACUCGAUCCUCUUCCUGUUUGCCCUCCUGGUCCUAUCGUGUCUAGUGUUUCCAUAUGUUCUCUUAAUCCUCCUAAAUCCACUAAUUGGAGGGAAACUCUCUCGUUUCACCUGCUGCAAAUUCUGUUCUCAGCUAAAGCCAUUCUUUGAUGCUUACUUUGGUCCACUAAAGGACUCUUAUCGCUGGUGGGUUGGGGUUCUCCUGCUAGCUCGAAUUGUCCUCUUGGGAAUAUCCUUUUCCAAUCAAAGCAAUACUUUUACUUUGACCAUUUCUCUUUCAGCAGUUCUCAUUGCAGUGGAAGCAAGUGUUGGUGGAAUGUAUCAGCAUCAGUUCCUCAAUAUACUAGAGAUAUGGUUCCUACUGCUGAUAGUGCUUCAUUCAACUAUUGCGAACAACAGCUAUGGGUACAUUGGAGGUAUAGUCAUUACGACACUUGCUUUUGUCACUUUUAUUGGCAUCAUCAGUUACCAUGUGUAUCAAAAAAAUAGCAAGGUCUUACUCAAAUUGUGGCGUAAAAUUAAAGAACCAAAAAGAUUAAGAGAAUCCACAAUGAGUGAGGCAUUAAUUUCAAAUGAGAAUGAUGUCGUUAAUAAAGAUCAUGUGACCAGGUCAGUAGUGGAUACCAACAGGAGAGAGUCGCUGUUGUUUCAUAUGGCUUCUGAUAAUUACGACAAUAGACCAAUUAAUUAAUUGAUAAUUAAUAAAUGAGUGUUUCUUGUUAUAGUGUAUUACUUUUCGCUUAAUUUUUUGGAAUAAAAUUUUGACAGAUCUGUGGCAUAAA